AUGCAACGCAGCAUCGACCUGUUCUCCGCCGCCUGCGAGAACUUCGGUCUGGUCAUUAAAACGCAGAAGACGGUGAUGAUGCACCAACCUCCACCCAACUCAGCCACAGGCCACAACGAGCCGCCGGAAAUCAGCGUGAAUGGGACCCAACUGCAAGUGGUAGAGAACUUCCCGUACCUGGGCAAUACCCUAUCUCGCAACUCAAAGAUCGAUGACGAAGUCGCCAACAGGAUCUCGAAAGCCAGUCAAGCCUUCGGUCGCCUCCAAAGCACAGUUUGUAAUCGCCAUGGUCUUCAACUGAGCACGAAGAUGGAGGUGUACAAGGCCGUCAUCCUGCCGACGCUACUAUAUGGAGCGGAGACUUGGACGGUGUACACGAGGCAGGCACGUCGACUGAACCACUUCCACCUCAGUUGUCUUCGUCGCAUCCUGAGGCUGCACUGGCAGGACCGCAUCCCCGACACCGAUGUGCUGGAAAGAACGGGAAUCCUGAGCAUCUUCUCCAUGUUGAGACAAAUACAGCUGCGCUGGAGUGGCCACCUGGUGCGCAUGGACGACGAGCGACUACCCAAACGACUCUUCUACGGAGAUGUCGCGACGGGUUCUCGACGUCAAGGAGGCCAAAUUCGCCGUUACAAGGAUAUUCUGA